CGUUGCUGCUACUGUGACUGUGUGGCAGAACGCGGGAGGUUAUAUUUGGAGGCUGCAGGAAGAAGGAAAAAGGUAAUAAAACAGAAGAGAAAGGGAAAAACUCAUGUGAUCUCACCGCAAAUUUGUGGUAUCGAGCCUUCUCUCUCUCUGACAUUUUCAUUUUCUUACUGGUGGAAGAGAAAACAGGGGAGCUUUUCCUUCUUCUCCCGCACUCUCUUGAUUAGUCAUUCAUUACACUCUUCCUCUCACCAGCUAAAGGACAACCAUUUCUCUUUCUGCAUUAUUCACAAAAUAUCUUCUCCCCUGCCGUCUGCCGAACCAACCAAUUCCAAUUUUGCUUGAUCCCGAUGUGAUAUGAUCUCUCUCCCAUCGCUUUUCUUCCGUCCACUCAUAUCUCUGAUGUAAGCUAAUCGCUGUCCUUUGGCCUUAUGCAAUUUGCUUCACUCCCAAUCUUCGCGCUCCUUGAGUUCUGGAAUUGAAAACCUUCGCCCCCACUGUUCAGGUUUUGAGAUAGACAACUAAGAAAGAAGAAUGACGAAUUUGGGGAUGGUUUUCGGGACGAAAUCAACGAAAUCGGCGAGAGUGAGCUUUAGAAUACCGUAUUUCACCAACUGGGGUCAGAGCUUGGUGGUAUGUGGUUCUGGGCCGGCGCUGGGGUCCUGGAAUGUGAAGAGGGGAUUGCUGUUGAAACCUGUGCAUCAGGAUAAUGAGCUAAUUUGGUGUGGAAGUGUCUCUGUGCCAGCAGAAUUCAGCUGUGAGUACAGUUAUUAUGUGGUGGAUGAUGAGAGGAAUGUGCUGAGAUGGGAGAUGGGGAAUAAGCGAGCACUCAUCUUACCUCAGGGGAUCAAUGGUGGAGAUAUCGUGGAGCUUCGUGAUCUCUGGCAGACUGGUGAUGAUGAUAUCCCUUUCAAAAGCGCCUUCAAAGAUGUCAUCUUUAACACAAGUUGCAAUCUGAAGGUUGAGAGGCCCUUAGGAGUACAGAAUAAGUUGGAGAAGGAAGAUUCCAUUCUUGUUCAUUUCAGGAUGUGCUGCCCGAACAUGGAGGAAGAGACUUAUGUCUACGUUAUUGGGAGUUGUGCAAAGUUGGGUUGCUGGAAGGUUCAGGAUGGGCUUAAACUUAGCUAUGCUGGAAAUUCUACCUGGCAAGCAGAUGUUGUGGUGCAAAAGGAUGACCUGCCAUUCAAAUAUCCUGAUAGAUGGAGCUUCUCUCUGGAAACUGGUGCAAAUAGGGAGCUAGUUGUUGAUCCCGCAAAUAUUCAACUAAAGUAUGUCUUUGUUUCCGACGGCAUGAUGCGUGCAAUGCCGUGGCGGGGAACUGGUGUUGCGGUACCUAUGUUCUCUGUGAGGUCAGAACUUGAUCUCGGUGUUGGAGAGUUCCUUGACCUGAAACUUCUUGUUGACUGGGCUGUGGAGUCUGGGUUCCAUCUAGUUCAGCUUCUACCAAUCAAUGACACCUCUGUUAAUCUGAUGUGGUGGGACUCCUAUCCAUACAGCUCACUAUCUGUAUUUGCCCUGCAUCCAUUAUACCUGAGAGUACAGGCACUUUCAGCUAAUCUACCGGAGGAGGUGAAGAAAGAGAUACAGGAAGCCAAGACAAGGCUUGAUGGAAAGAGUGUUGAUUAUGAGGCUAGUCUGGCUACAAAAUUGUCCAUUGCCAAAAAAGUAUUUGCUAAAGAGAAAGAUGUGAUACUUAACUCCAGAGCUUUUCAGGAAUUCUUCUUAGAGAAUGAGGAAUGGUUAAAACCGUAUGCAGCCUUCUGUUUUUUGAGGGACUUCUUUGAAACAUCUGAGCGCAGCCAAUGGGGUCGAUUUUCUGAGUUUUCAAAAGAGAAGCUGGAGAAGCUUGUCUCAAAAGACAGUGUGCAUUACGACAUUAUUCGAUUUCAUUAUUAUCUCCAAUUCCAUUUACAUCUACAACUGUCUGAAGCUGCAGAAUAUGCAAGAAAGAAAGGUGUGGUACUGAAGGGAGAUUUACCUAUCGGUGUUGACAGAAAUAGUGUGGACACGUGGGUGUAUCCCAACUUGUUCCGUAUGAACACCUCCACUGGUGCUCCCCCAGAUUACUUUGACAAAAAUGGACAGAACUGGGGUUUCCCGACUUAUAACUGGGAGGAGAUGUCCAAAGACAACUAUGGUUGGUGGCGUGCUCGAUUAACACAGAUGUCAAAGUACUUUACAGCAUAUAGGAUUGAUCAUAUACUAGGUUUCUUUAGAAUCUGGGAGCUUCCUGAUCAUGCUAUGACUGGACUAAUUGGAAAGUUCCGACCUUCAAUCCCCUUGAGCCAGGAAGAACUAGAGCGAGAGGGAAUCUGGGAUUUCGAUCGUUUAAGCCGCCCAUACAUAAAGCUAGAGUUUCUACAGGAAAAGUUCGGAACAUAUUGGGCAGUUAUCGCCUCGAGCUUUCUGAAUGAAGUGCAGAAAGGGUUUUAUGAGUUCAAGGAGGAUUGCAAUACAGAGAAAAAAAUUGCUUCCAAAGUGAAGACCAUGGCAGAAAAAUCACUGUUAUUAGACGGUGAAGACAAGAUAAGACGUGAUCUAUUUGAUCUCCUUAAGAAUAUAGUUCUAAUUAAAGACCCCGAGGAUGCAAAGAAAUUCUACCCGCGUUUCAACCUCGAGGAUACUUCAAGUUUUCAGGAAUUGGAUGAGCACAGCAAAAAUGUCAUGAAAAGACUGUACUAUGAUUACUAUUUCCAUCGCCAAGAAGAGCUCUGGCGAAAAAAUGCUCUGAAGACUUUACCCGUUCUCCUCAAUUCAUCAAACAUGCUUGCUUGUGGUGAAGAUCUGGGACUCAUACCAGCUUGUGUUCACCCAGUUAUGCAAGAGCUGGGAAUGAUUGGGUUACGCAUCCAACGUAUGCCUAGUGAACCUGAUCUGAAAUUUGGGGUUCCUUCUCAAUAUAGCUACAUGACGGUGUGUGCCCCAUCGUGCCAUGACUGUUCCACGUUGCGUGCUUGGUGGGAGGAGGAUGCUGAAAGAAGACAGCAAUACUUCAAGACCAUAUUCGGUUCUGAUGAGCUGCCCCCCGAUACAUGCCUUCCAGCUAUUGCAAAUUUCAUCAUCAGGCAACAUGUUGAAUCGCCAUCAAUGUGGGCAAUCUUCCCAUUGCAGGACUUGUUAGCUCUAAAAGAGGACUACACAAAACGUCCUGCAAACGAGGAGACGAUCAACGACCCCACGAAUCCUAAGCACUACUGGCGAUACCGUAAUGCUUCUUUCCCCUCCAUCCAACACUCUUUCACUAUGAUCAACUUGAUUUGGCUGUUUUUAGACGGUGUACACGUUACAUUGGAGACUAUGAUGAAGGACAGUGAACUGAAGUCCAUUAUAAAAGGUCUUAUUUCUGGGAGUGGAAGAUCACAUCCUGGCUCGAAGGAAACCGAGGGGAAAUCGAAGCAAGUGGCGAGCAACGGGAAAGUAGCAGGGAAGUAGUCAAGUAGAGCUCUUCAAUAAGGCUGCAAACUCCAGAAACCAACAGAAAGGGCUUCCUUCCAAUAAGUUUUUGAAGUAGCUCUCGAUAGUAAAGUGCCUGUGCCAUUACACAAUUCUGGAGCAAGAUUCUUAAGCUUUACAAUCAAAGCUUUUAUUUGAAAUAAGGAAUGUUUGAUGUAUAAUGGUGGUAAGAUGUGCAUCACAAGAAUGUUUGAUGUAUAAUGGUGGUAAGAUGUAAUGAUAACAUGAUCACUCCACCCCAUGAACCUGAUGAACCGCAGCUCGACAAGUGUAUGGCAAAGAGAAGUGCCACUUGGCCCCUAUAAGCAAAGAGAACAGUAAUCAUUGGCUCCCAAUUGACCACAGUGUUUUCCCAAAUCUUGUGCUGAAUACCCACCACAUGAAUGAUUCCCUGCUACAUUAUUCUAUUAUUAUAAAACUCCCCCCAAGUCCUUUCCACUC